GGCAGAAUGUUAGUUCGUGGGAAGCCAUCAUAAUCAAGAGCCCGAGAAACAAAGACGCACCCAGGCCAGCAGCACACAGGACAGCAGCAUCCACCAGCACGCCACCCGCGGCUCUUCGGCAAGAUGCUUGCAGUCAGCGCAAGGACCAGGCAGCUAAAUGUCACUUGUGACAGCUCAGUGGACAGGGAGGUCUUCCUCCAUUACUCCCUCAUCCCAUCACUUUUCAUUAUUUUGGUCUUGUCCUUUCUCCAACGACGCAAGCACUGUAGACAAGGAAAUGACACCUUCUACCUCCUGGGGGACCGCUUUGGAAUCAUCGUGCCUCUGGACUUCGUGGGAACUUUCAGCAACCGAUGGUCCUACGGAGUUGCCUUUGGGGCCACAGCCAAUAAGGUCAUGUUCUUGUUCUCAGAAGGCUACCAGCCCCUGGAGGUUCCGCAGUGGGCCCAAGCCUUUGUCCUUCUCAUUGGGGGCAUGGAAGUCGGCCUGUCUUACUUUCCCUUCUUUGCCUGCCUGUCCUCAGAUUUCCGGUUGGUCAGCUCCAUCCUGGGCUUCAGCUACUCCCUGUUCUGGUUUGUGGUUACCAUUCUUCAGAUCUCACAGUGUCCCCAUGGCCAGUACCUAGGGAGGUUCGAGACCCUCGUCUUCUAUUGGCCCUCACUGCUGUGCCUGGGUUUCCUGCUUGGCCGCUUCCUAUACAUGUUCGUUAAGGCUCUGCCGAUCCGCCUGGUCCUGGAGCCACAAACAAAAGAAAAGUCAUUGUUGGAGGCCCACCAGGCAGAGCACGUGAAGCGGCUCCUGAGCAAGCCCCGGCUGCAAGAACGAGAAAAGUCUUGGUUCCAAACCAGGGUGUAUGAGUGGGACCCCUGCUUCCAGUUCCCCAGCAGGAUGAUCGGGACCCUCGUGCUGGCGUCCAUCUGCCUGUACCUUUUCAUCGUCUUCGAGUUCUGCGUGUUCCUACUUGUGAAGGACAAACUGGAUGUGUUUGAAGACAGACUGCAGAGCUAUCUCACCCAUAUGAAUGAGACAGAGACCUUGACCCCAGUCAUCCUUCAGGUGCAAGAACUGAUCAGCGUCACUAAAGGAGUCUGGGUGGUGGCCAUUCUGCCCGCCUCCCUCACGUGUGUCAGCUAUCUCUUCCACAUACUGGCCUGUUACAGAAAGCACAUAAAGAGGCUGUGGGCCGGAGACAAACACUUCCUCCCUCAGAAGUUCCAUCGUCCCUCCUCAGCAGCCAGUGUGGUGGCCAUUGCAAGGUACUCUGGCUGGCAAAUAGCCUACAUCCUCUGGGGCUACCUCAUCAUCCACGUGGUCCAGAGUCUCUGUGGUGUGAUGCUCAUGUACAGUCUGGUGCUGCCCAUCCUCCACCACCAAGGCCUAGAGAUGCUGCGAGGGCUGGCCGUUGGGGUCCUCACCCUCUCCAUAGUCGUGGGUCUCAUGAUCCUGCAGGUGUGGAUCGCUGGCAGCUUCUUCCUGCAGCCCAAGCUGGGCACAGCUGACACGCAGAAGCCCCUGGCUCUCAACAACAGGAGAGCGUUCCACAACUUCAACUACUUCCUGUUUUUCUACAAUGUGCUCCUGGGCCUGGGCGCCUGCCUCUCCAGGCUGCUUAUCAGCUGCCUCCUGGGCACCUGGCUGAUUGCCCGGAUCGACAGGACCAUCAUGCAGAGCGGCUAUGAGGGCGCAGACAUGGGCUUCAAUGCGUGGGUUGGCAUGCUCUUUGUGGACCACUAUCACACCAACCCUGUCCUGGUCAGCUUUUGCCACAUCCUGGUCACAAGCCACAGGGACCGGAAGCUGCAGAAGACCCUGAAAUACUGCUACCUGAACCAAUCAGCAGGUCCCCGAUUCUCAGCCAGGGCCCGAACGAGGUGGCUCCUGCUACAGACACUGAUCAACAACCCCAGGCUCGCCAUGCUUAGAAAAUCAAAAUCAGGACAUGGUUCCCAAGAGUUCGCACAGAUCCUGCCGACCUGCUCGGAUUGCUGAUUGGGCUACCGACUUCUGCUCCAAGGCUGGGCCAUCUGCUAUGUGAGCAGGAGACCCAAGGCAUUUGAUGAUGACGUCCGUGUAGCACAUGGGGUGCAGGUGCUGAAAGAUGGGGAAGCUUAUUCAGAAGCUACAAGUGUCACGCUGUGAGGCAUGGGCAUUGUCCUUAUGCAGAGCCCAGCACUUACCCAAAAAUUAACCCAGGACAGGUACAGUCUGACUGCUGGUAGUGCCUCAGGAACUAGAGCAAGUGCUGUGAGAACCCAGCGUCUAGAGCGCUUGAGCCUGGUUGAUGUGCACACUUGGCCCGGUUGGUGCAUGUGUCAGGGUUGUCUCUUUUAGCUGAGUCUCUGCAACAGCUCUUUGGCAGUUUGCUUCUAGAAGCUGAAAAAAGAGAGAAAACACACACACACACACACAUCACGUUUACGUCUCUGGCUGAAUGACUUCGUCUUCCUCUAUUCACAACUACCUGUAACUACAAAAGGGGGCAGCACCCCCACUCCGGGUAUUGUCUUGAGAAUAAAAUUAUUCAGAGCACACAGACAGCUUUAAGCUUGUGUCUGACACUCUAAACUCUCAAAAGCAAAGAUCCAAAUUUGGUUGUCUCUAUGGCUUGAGUGUAGGCAGUGUCUGCCAAAGGCCCAUGUACUUUUAAGGCCUUGGUCCCUGGGACGGCACCAUGCAGAGCAGUGGGACCUUUUGGAAUGGCGCAUAGUAGGAGGUCCUUAAGCUACCAGAGGCAUGAGCUUGAAGGAUAUCAUAGGACCCUAGUCUCUAUGGUUCUUAGCUAAUGGAAUGAGUAUUUUUGUUCACUAGUUAUUCCUACCAUGAUAUUCUCCUUAGAAGCCAAGAUCAAUGGGCUUCUAAGGAGAAUCAUAGACUGCAGCCUCCAAAACCAUGAGUCCAAAUAAACCUUAUCAUACAUUCAAUAUUUCAGACAUUUUGUUGCAGUAACAGGGAACUAAUACAGAACUCAUGUCACAGAAAGAUGUGUGUGUGUGUGUGUGUGUGUGUGUAAGUCUGUGAACAUAUAUUGUUACACAUCAGAAAAAUGCAAAUUAAAACCAUGGUGUUACACCACCACGUAAGAGCUAGAAGAAAGUCUGAUGACACUACCAAGUAUGGGUGAGGAUACAGAUCACUAGGGGUGUGUGUGUGUGUGCGUGUGUGUGUGUGUGUGUGUGUGUGUGUGUGUGUGAACUGUUAGCACUUUCGGGACCUUUGGUAGUAUUUCCUAAGAUGCACACGCUAUACUCUAUGACCCAGAAAUUUUAAUAUUAAUUACAUGACAAGUAGAGAUGGCUGUAUAUGCUCACCGUACAGAAGAAUGGUCAGAGCAGCGAUUUGGAUAUACUCCCAAACUGUGGAGAAUGGAGUCAGCUCUGAGUGAGUGAAGUCCUGACUGAGUUAGUGUUGUUGAAAUAGGACCCCACCCCACAGCCUCAGGCUCAGAGGGUUUGAGAAACCCUUCUUGGAGGACUGAGUUCAAAUACUGACAGUGUGGGGAGGCAAUGUCCACCACAGCAUUCUCCCUCCAGAGAUUUGCAGCCUGAAGUCUGCUCUCCUACAGAGACUGCUCCUACGGGGUUUACCUAACCUGUCUCCUUGAUCCAGAUGUAUACCAUAAACUCUGCCUCUUUGUCUGUCCACAUGCAGCUCUAUGUAACAAACAAGCCGAGCUUCUGGGUGUUGUAGUUUCUCCAUCUGAGCGCUCAGACAACCACACAGCUGUCUGUCCGUGUGUUGGGCUGUCUAUCAUUUUUUUAAAAUUCCCUUAUGUUCGCAGUCAGCUUGAGUCCCUGGAGCCAAGCAAGGACGCAGCUCCAAACUGAAACGGAAAACACCUACUAUACGUUGAAAAUAAAUAAAAUGGGAUAUAUUUCUAAUAAUAAAAUACUAUCAGAAAUGAA